AAAAAUUUCAGAAUGUCCUAUGGAUGUUAGUCAUUACAACACACUGUUGAAAAUUCAUUUGGAAAAUGAACACAAGUUUUCACCAACUGAUUUUCUUGCAGAUAUGGAAAAGAAAGGAAUUCAGCCAAAUAGGGUAACAUAUCAGAGACUUAUUGGACGAUAUUGUCAAGAAGGAGAUAUAGAUGGUGCAAGCAAAAUACUUGAAUUUAUGAAGUCAAAGGAGUUAACUAUUAAUGAAACUGUCUUUAAUUUCCUUGUAAUGGGAUAUGUAAAAUCAGGUAAUAUGGAAAAUGCAAANAACAGACCCCAGUUUUAUAAUCUCUCUUUCACCUUUGUCAAUGAGAUAUAUAUGUUGUUUACAUAUUCAAUAUUUUAA